CGUCUCGGUCCAUGAACACGCAAAAAAAGAACUUGGCCAAUAUCCAGCCAUCUUAACCGAACAAGCUUGGUCUAUAACCCAUACAAAUUGUGGCACAUUAAGCGAUAUAUAGCCUAGAGUGUCACUGAUGUUCUUACCACAUUUUGAUGUCUGUGAUCGAUUACUGAAUAAGUGCACGGCAACAUGGAAUCUAUUUGUUUUAUUCAAUAGAGAAACAAACUGAAGAAUGUUUUAAAUAACGUCCAUGCUUCUGACCUUCAAUAGAUCGUAAUUAAGGACUAAUCAAAAUGCGAGAAAAAUUUUGACUUAUAGUCGAACCUCCCGUAAGCGACCACCCAAAAUGUCAAGCCUAGGCGGUCGCGACGAGUGGCUCCGAACAGCAGUUUGCCUGAGUCACUUGCAGAUAGUCAAUCGACGCUAUUUAGAUCGUGCCCGACCUAGAAAAAACGUCCGUGUGUCGAACCAUGAUAGGAAUCAACACAACAGUUUAACUACAGUAAUCCCAGCAUAAUUUAAUACUUAAAUUUACCUAUCGUGCAUUGCUUUGAAAAGGGCAGCCUUCGUACUUCUUACGUAUUUCUAAAUCAGUUGGUUAGACUGUUUAUACACCUCCUACGUCAAUAAAGGGCUUGAAAAACUAUUCACAAUUUAAUGGAGUUGUUUUGUGUGUUAGAACAAACCGGUCAUGUCUGACUUCCCGUACUGGUUCCUUCUCGUUCUUACCGCUGGAAGCCUGGUGCAAGUUGCAUCGACAGUCAUGCGCAGAUCACAAAGCUGUGAAGAACAGUUGCAAGCUGUAUCUGUUGAUCCUGCAAUCUGUGAGAGGAUUCGGUCGGCGGCAUCCUGCGUUCGCCGUGCUGUCUUGGAUAUUGACGCUAAGAUAAGCAAAAGUGCAAAAGAAGCCAUCGAAGAAGCCACAAACAUUCUUCAUUCGAGUACACACCAUCUGAAAAUGAAAUUGCCACAGUAUUUAAAGGGGAAGAGAAGAUCUUUGCAGAAACGGGAAGUUCCAGAUGACCUCUCCAACUUUCAUGCCCUCGUAAAGAAAGCUGCGUCUUCUGCAGUUUUAACAGUCAAGGAAGGGAGUGAGGAGGUUCGAGAUGCCCUCGUUAACAUAAUCAUCGCAUUGCACUCUUCUCAUGAUGACAUCAAUGAGGCAACAAGAGAUAUUUUAGGCAAGAUGAUGGCCAAGAGAUCAACGGACGAAGCUGUAGGCCAAGCGAUGGUAAAUGCUUCUAUCGAGUUGAAGGCGGCUAUGACAAAAGCGGUGCUGACUGCCUUGAGUGGAUUUAACGACAUGGUGAACAACAUGGAAAUCAAGACGAAGACUCUCCUGCAGGACAGAGUUCGAGUUGGAUUUUUUGGUGACAGGAAAGCUCAGAUUGCUGAACUUGCUGACCAGGCAGCCAGAGGAAUCGUGGAUUUUUACCACAGUUUAGCAGUGAGGUCUGUCAACGAUGCCAUCAUGAAAGUGAAUGACCUCUUUAUCGCUCUCUACGUUAUUGAGAAAAUAAAUCCAAACGCCGAUGCACGUCCCAUCGUGCGACGCUUGGCGGAGUCAGUAAGCCAGACUGUUAAAGACACCAUGCAGCCAGAGGAACCCAACCCAGAAGACGCCGUUGCACGCGCUAUGCGAAAAGCCGCUGAACAGAUGGUCUUAGAUUACAACGAUCUUGUCCGGCUUGUCAACAAUGCUUGAUUUUAAGGGGAAAUAAAGUUAACCUGGCAUAAUAACUAACAAACUGGGUUCGUUGUCCUUGCUUCUAAUUCUCACCAUUUCUUUGUGUAAC